CAGGCAGAACAGUGUCACACACGCACACGGCCGCUCCGAAGUGCACCGACACUCUACACGACUGAAGGACACAAACAAGCAGCGACACCGGCUCAAAGUCACUUCUGUCCCCGCGGGUCACAGUCACUGCGCGGGAUGUAACUAUCCGGACCAUCCGCUCCGGUACAUCGCUUUUUUCCAUUCGCUGACUUAUUGUUUUCUGCCGGUGGACUUUCCUCAGAGGAAGCGGAUUUUUGAGAGACAGUUGGUCACGUUGACACUUGGACACUCGGCUCCGUCACUUCUGGACCAUGGCGGAAGCGGUCCCGCAGCAGCCACACUUGGUGGAGAUCGACCCAGAGUUUGAGCCUCUUUCCCGGCCGCGCUCAUGCACUUGGCCACUGCCCCGACCGGAGUUUCUGACUCCAGGGGACUCUAACACGUCCUCCCCGGUGCCGUCCGUAAAACAGGAGCCCACCGGGAACGACUUCAUCAACAACCUGAGCCUGCUGGAGGAGAGCGAGGACUUCCCCGAGCAGGAGACCGGGCUGCUGUGCUCGGACUACUGCCAGGAGAGCCCACACCAGCCCCCGCCUCACCAGCAGCAUCACCUCCAUCAGCACCAGAGCCCCCAGCUGCCCCAGCCGCAGGUGCCCCUCCUCUCCCCGGCAGGGAGCUCCUCCAGCGCCGCCGCGGCCGCUGCUGCCGCCGCUGCCCAGAGGAAGAGCAGCUCGUCCCGCAGGAACGCGUGGGGGAACAUGUCAUAUGCAGACCUCAUCACCAAAGCCAUAGAGAGCUCCCCCGAGAACCGGCUCACUCUGUCCCAGAUCUAUGACUGGAUGGUGAAGAGCGUCCCUUACUUUAAGGACAAAGGGGACAGCAACAGCUCCGCGGGCUGGAAGAACUCCAUCCGUCACAAUCUGUCCCUGCACAGUCGGUUUGUGCGCGUGCAGAACGAGGGCACGGGGAAGAGCUCGUGGUGGAUGUUAAACCCAGAGGGAGGCAAGAGUGGCAAGUCCCCCCGACGCCGAGCAGCCUCCAUGGACAACAACAGCAAGUUCAGCAAGAGCAGGGGCCGCGCAGCCAAGAAGAAGCUGUCCAUGCAGGGAGGUCCGGAAGGGGGAGCGGACAGUCCAGGCUCGUACUCCAAGUGGCCCGGGAGCCCCAACUCCCACAGCAACGACGACUUUGAUGCCUGGAACAGCUUCAGACCACGCGCCAGCUCCAACGCCAGCACCCUGAGCGGCCGCCUGUCCCCCUUUGUCCCCGAGGACGACCUGGGUGAAGCCGACGCUCACAUGGGCUACCCGGGACCCCCCGCCGCCAAGAUGACCGCCACCCUCCCCAGCCUGUCCGAGAUGACCGGCUCUUUGGGACACAGCACGGAGAACGUCAUGGAGAACCUUCUGGAUAACCUCAACCUGCUCUCGCCUAAUAACUCCCAGGUCGGAGGCGGGGCCACGACUCCAUGCUCCUCGCAGUCGUCGCCUUCUCCCAUGAUGCAACAGAGCCCCGGUUACCCUGCGUACAGUUCUCCGAGCAUGGUGCCCCAAUCUCAGCAGGACUACCGGAAGUGCGGGUACGGCCAGGCAGGGAUGGGGAGCUUACCGUCCAUGCCGCUGCAGUCCGUUCCUGAGACAAAGCCCGGGUUCGGGGGUGGGAUGGGACAGUACGGUUGCACGGCGGGAUUACUGAAGGAGCUCCUCACCACGGACACGGAUCAGCACGGAGAACUGAUGCCUUCGGUGGAAAGCGUGGUGUCCCAGUCCAUGUUACCGCCUUACAACAGCACGCAGCACAAAAUCAUGGGGGUUAACGGACACCCUUGCCUACCACACCCUCACCCACACAAUAUGCACAGCCAGCCCCCCGCCCAUACUCCCCCCUCGAUGAACGGACGCAUGCUCAUGUCUCUCAACCAAAACCGCUUGCCUUCGGUCAAGACGCCCAUGCACAUGCCGUACGGGCACCAUCACGGCGGAGGGGGCAUUCCUGGAAGCUUUUGCCCCUUGAACACCAACGGAUACGGCAGGCCGGGACCGCCGCCGCCCUCGCACUCGGAGAAACUGCCCAGCGAUUUGGACGACAUGUCGAUCGAGCGGUUUGAGUUCGACAUGGAGACCGUCCUCCACGAUACUUUGAUGGACGGGGACUCUCUGGACUUCAACUUUGAGCCAGUGGUCGGUCAGCAAGGGUUCCCUCAUGGAGUGAAGACCACCACGCACAGCUGGGUGUCAGGCUGAAAACUGACCAGGACUUGUUUGGGAAUUCUCUGGAUCUCAUCGACAUUUCACAAAUCACCUCGGCAAAGACUUGUCAUGGCCCCAGAACUGUUAAAUUUGAAUUCUAUUUUGGGUAAACUCUAAACUAAGUGCCAAACGUUUUUGCCUUAAAAGAAAGCCAAACUGAACUUACGUCACGGGUUGAAUAACUUUUAUUUUUUAAACCACAGAAUUUGUAAUUGUAAAGCGUUGUUUCCACCAAUUUCUCUAUGGUUAAUAAUAUCGUAGGAGUCAAUUAUCACUAUUAUGCAUCUCUACAUAUCAAAAGCGAUGAAACCUGACGCAUCAACAACAGCAACUAUCAUAAUUUUGUAAUAUUUUUGGGCUUUUUUUGCUGUAGUUUUAAAAUAUGUCAGUCUAGAAGUUAGUUUUGUCCUUUCAAACCUCAAAUUUUUUGUAUCUUUGACCAAUCUUCUAUCCCUGCCUGGAAUUCCCUUCAGUGCAUAGCUAUUUCCACACAGUAGUAACACAAUCCUUCCAAUAAUUAUAAUUUAUUUGCUGAGCAGGGCUUUCCAAUCCGAAAUUACAACAUGGUACUGUGUUACUAAUUAUAAUUCUGCUAGUUCAUCAUAAUCUUUCGAAAAGCUCACUCUCUAGCCACUCAUUGACAAUCCAAGCAGAGCCAUAUUGGAAAUCUUGGUGGAAACAUUGCUUGAAACUAGUACCAGCUACAUCUCAUCAGCAUCAAGCACAAUCCACAAGUGCACAAAGUCUGUGCUGUUUACUUCUCCUCUGUACAGUAGAGCCAACUGCCACUUCACGUUCACAAGGUAAUCAUAUGGCGCAGGAGCUGGAGCUGUUGUUGGCGUGGGCAGGUCUGGCGUUGUCAAGUUAAGUGGCAGUUCUCUUGGGAUGACGAGACGAUGUUACAUAACUUUUCUCAUCCUCUAAAUGUAUAUAUAUUGUUGUCAAAUGAAUAAUUUCUUGGUGUGUUUUCCAUAAUUGUAAAUAGUGUUUACAAAGCAGAAGCAAAAAUCAAGGCAGCAGAAUUGACAACUGGACGCAUUUAUUUCAAAGCCUUUUUUAACGGAUCUUUGAGAAUCUUCUAUAAGGCUCAGACAUUUUGUACAUAUUUCAGAAUGUAUAUUAAAAUAAUGUGGACGUUUAUAGAUUGAUUAUAUAUUUGAGACCUAAAUUAUUUGUGUAGAUUUAUGCUGGUGCAUAACCUGCUCAGAAAGUUUUUUUUUUAUUAUUAUUAUUUGUCUCAACCUGUAAACCUUAAAACCACAGGGGCCUAUUUAUUGUGCCUAACAGAGCAGAUAUCAGGCUUGAAGGCUUUUUAUUGUAAAUAUCCGCGGUCCAGAAGAUCCUCAAUGUUUUGAAGUAACAGUGAAUUGAUUCUCUCUCUGCUUCAUCUUUUCUUCAGAGCUCAAGCCAAGCGCGUGUAAAGUAGACAGUAGGGCUUUCCCACACUUGGAGGCACUGUGAAUGUUGAGGUGAGGGCGAGGCAGCUGAGCCCUCACACAGACACUGUGAGCCUGUCCCUUUACACGUCUCAUCUGUCUGGAAAACCCAGUGUAACUGAUUGUGUCUUCGUGCGGUUUAUUCUACAAGGCCAAAAGCACCAGUGCUUGGCUCAGCUUUAAACUUUUCACAGGACUCAUCUCUGACGCCCCUCCUACCUCUCUCUGUUUUCUCUGACUCCGCCCCUCCUACCUCUCUCUAUAUGUCCCUGCGUUCGAUUAUCCUUCUGAAACGGUUUUCCAAGGAAGUUGCCUAGCCUACUCGGACCUCGGUGGUGGAAAAAGUAGCCCGAGCAAGGAUUCUGAAUCAGAAGCCAAGAUGGUUCCGCCCACUGUGACGUGUAAACAUGAACUGUUUUCAUUGUGUUUGGACUCUUUAAUGGUUUAAAUGGCAAUUUCAGUCACUCGUAUCACUGCAAUACAUUACCGUGUCCGUAUCACUGCCUAUGGGUAUGGUAGUCGGUGUUGUGGUGAGGCCAAUAUUGAACAAGUACUUGAUUUAACAAGCAUUAAUGCCCCUAAGGUUAUAAUGGAAGAGAAAUCAUAACAUAAAAUGAAGUGCAAAUUUCAAAAAUGAAAGUGGCAGUGUUUUCAUAAGAUGAGAGAUAAUAAUAUGCUUCAAGCUCGGACAUGACGUCAAAUCUGAGGUCCAAGUGGGAGUUGGAAAAUAAUCAAACGCAGGGUUUCUAUAUUUUUUUCUCUGACUCCGCCCCUCCUACCUCUCUCUUUAUGUUAUGGACACUUUGGAUGAACAUGUGACUUCAUAGCACCAAUGUUUUUAUAAUGCCUCGUCUUAAAUGUUUUGUAUGUUGUUCUUUAAAAGCGCCACUAAGUGUUAAGUAUUGCAUCACGCUUGUAAAUAGGCAUUCCUGACUUGCCUUUUCUUACUGCUGUACUAACUGCCAGCCUGUUUGUGACUAUGCACAGUCACAACUUGUAAAAUAAAGAUGGCUUCUCAUGAAGAUAACUGGUAAGUUUGAAAAACUACCUAUUGAAACUAAAUUAAUGUCAGUUGUUAUGCAAAUAAUUUUAUCUAUGGAAACAUGUUAAUUUGUUAAAACAUUUUAUGCAGUAUGAGUGUAAUGGUACAUUAAAUAACAUAUAUUGUGCAUUUUUGUGGCUCUAACUCCCUUUUAAACAUGCUUUUUGAUGACCUCUGGAUAAGUAUUUCAUGUUUUCUGUCAUAAAAUAAUGGAAAAUGGUGGGGGAAAAGUAAUUUCAUAAUCUACACCUUAGUUUCCAAUGAGCUGUGUAGGUGCUAGAGUAAAUAAAUGAAUGUUAUUGUUAAUAUAGCCAUGCUUUUGUUGUGUCCCGUGAUCAUUUAUGGACUAAAAAAAACUGCUCAAAAGUUUUACCUGUGACAUCACAAUCCAGGCAAAAUUCUUGUAUUGAACAAAUUAAUGAAACAACCAUGAAUGAACCAAAAAUACAACUCCAGGUAUGUUUUGAUGAGGGGGCAGCGAUAUGACAAUUAAAAUCUCAAAAAGUCAAUUUAGCAUAAACUACUGUUCUAGUAGUUACUGCAAACAUAAACUCCAGGUCUAAAAAGAGUGAAUAAUGUUAACAAUUGCAUCACAUUUGGAACUUAACUCUGCUGUAAUGAUUUUGAUUCCAACUGGAAACCUGGUUAGUAUCCACUUUGGAAUGUUAACUAGUUUCCUUUGCUCUACACAAGUUAAACAUUUUAAGGAGUAACAAAUGAAUCUUUAGUUUUUUGUACCAUUAUACUCAUACUGUUUAGCAUGACAAAGCUGUGAAAAAUGUAGAAUAUAUUAAACAUUUCAAGCAGCUCUGCAGAGAAGCCAUUUUGAAGCUGCUGUCUGCCUUUGGUGCCACGUGUUGCCAUUUUCUCACCACAUGUUCUGGUGCAGCCAAAUCAGCCUUUUUACAGUAAACUCUUAUAUAUCUAUAGUCUUUUAUCAUGUGAUAUGUUCAGAUUUGUAUAUAUAUUUGUGCCGGUCACUCGAGUUAGAAUAAACUGUAUUGAAUCCAUGUAGUAAGUGUCACAGGGUUCAGUCUAAAUUAUAGCUCCAUAUUUUCAAUGAUUAAAUCUAUGCAUUGUAUAUCAUAAUUUUGUUUUGCAAAUCUUUCUUUUUUCAGAGAUAUUUUAUUGUAAUAUAGCGCUGUGAGAUUAUAUGGUCUUGUUCUUGUUUUUGUCAAACUCUACGUUCCAGAUAGUUCUAUGGGGAAAAAUGAAGUUUAUCUAGAGACUAAAUAGAUGAUGCAGUGAUUGAUAUGCUAAAGCUUUUUGUAAACUGACAUUGUUGUAUUUCUUGUAUUUAGCUACAGUUUUUAGAAAUAGCCUCAAAAAGCAAUUUGUAAAGAUAUAUAAUGCAUUUUUAAGACAAUAGAGACAUAUUUAAUCUGUCGGAGAAAUCUUGGACCAAGUUUUAUAAUUUUUCAGAGUAGAAAGUUCUUGCACUUUUGCUUACAUUUUAUAACAAAGUGCUCCUCGUGCUGAGAGGACCACUUCCCGUUGCCUAUUUUAAAACAAAAUUCUGUUACAUUAACUUAUAUACAGAAAUAAUUGGAACUGUGUUCUGUGAUUUGCAAUCAAAAGAAUAUGUAACUUGUUCUAUAUUAAUGUAUUAAGACUUAAAUAAAUGUACUUCUGUGUAUAAAA